AUGGGUGUAGCGAAGCGUGUCCAGCCGAAGAAACUGAAGGCCAAAUCAACAGUUCGUUUGGAUAACAAGUUUGCACAGAAACGUAUUGUGUUCGACGACGAAGAAGAAUCAGAAGAGACUCCAGAAGUUGUUCGGAAGCAGAUUCAGAAGCCCGAAAAGAAGGGAAAGAAGACUCUCACUGCAAAGGAUUUCUUGAAGGAUGCUGCUGUUGAUAAAGAUGAUGGCUCUAGUGAUGAGGAAGUGAAUGUUAACAGCAAAGUUGGCCAAACCAAGGCAAAAGGGAAGAAAGCUGACGUUGGCGCUCAAAAGAAGGUCGUGAAGAAGGUUGUUAUAGAGAAAAAAGAAGAAUUAGACGACGAGGAGGGUUCGUCAAGCGAUGUCAGGCAGAAUGUUGCGACUAAUAAGGCUGGGGUAAAGAAAGCCGCAAAAGUUGUCAAGGAUAAAAAGGUUAAUAAUAAAGUUGCGGAAAAUGGAGCAGCAUCAACUCCGGAAUCUGCGAAAAAGCAGAAGAAGUCCAAGAAAACCGACAAGACUGAAGAGAAAGAGCAUAAACCUCGAUUUGACUACAAUACGGCUACAGAUCGGACUGUUUUUGUUGGAAAUGUGAAGAUGGAAACGAAAAGAAAAACAAUUGAGAAGCUGUUCAAGCCCUAUGGAGAAGUUGAGGCAUGUUAUAAACGCUCUUUGCUUGGCAAAACUGAGAAGUUGACCAAGAAAAUGUUUGGAACCGAUAAGAAAUUGAACAAAUCUGUAAAGGACGCCACCUUUUAUGUGAGAUUUGUGAAGGCGGAAGAUGCCAAAAGAGCUCUUGAAGUGUAAGUUCUCUUUUUUUGUUUUUCGGGUUUUAGAGAAAGUAGGCGACACAUCAGGAUGUAAUUCCCUUUCUUACACGCCUUUUUUUAGCAACGGAACCGAGCUUGACGGCCGUAUUCUUCGAGUAACCAUCAGUUCUAAGAAGCAGGUCGAUUCAUCCAGGUCCGUUUUCGUUGGAAAUCUUCGACGAGAAGUCACUGAGCAAGAACUCUUUGACUUUGUCAAGGAACAUAUUGGAGCUCCGGAGGCCACCAGAAUUGUUCAUGACAAAUUUACUGGAUUUGGAAAAGGAAUCGGCUUUAUUACUUUCAAAGACGCCUCACAAGUUCCAUUGGCAUUGAAUUUAACUGGUCAAGUGCUGAGAGGAAGGCCAAUUAGGGUGACGAAGAUUGCGAAGAAGAAUCAGGUAAAUUUUGAGCUUGAAGAAAUAUUUUGAUGUCGGAUUUGACCAUCGAUUUUUUUUUAUUUCAGCGACCGGUGGCUCAACUGAAGGAUCUCAGAAAGAAGGGAGCUAAGAUCGCCAAGAAACAGGAAGAGAAUAAUUUGAAACAGAAGCUGGCUAACUACACCAUCACCAAGAAGACUCAGAUCGCUGCGACAACAACCAAAAAGAUUUCAAAGAAGGCGAGGAAGGUGAUCCAGAAGAAGAAGAACAAAAAGUCCAAGUCUCUAUUGGCUUAA